AUGGAGGUGUUUGUCCGCUUACUGAAUGAGCUUUGUAUUCAUCCACGUCCAUGUCGUGACGUCCUCUCACUCAUGUACUCCUGUGGAAUGUACGAUUUUUCUGGGAAAUUUGCCUUCCAGGUCGGUUUGCCGGCGAAAUCUGGCGUUUCUGGAGUGAUGAUCGUUGUUGUUCCAAAUCUAAUGGGUAUCGCUCUUUACUCGCCACCACUGGACAGGUUGGGUAAUUCAGCACGUGGAGUUGCCUUCUGUCAGAAGCUGAUUGAAUCGUUCAACUUCCACAACUAUGACAGUCUGUUACACGCCGAUUCAAAGAAACACGAUCCUCGACGGAGGAUCGGCAAUCGAGACACCGAAAUCGUCGUCUCGCUGCUUUUCGCUGCCAAAUAUGGCGAUUUUGAUGUCGUGCGAAGGAUGUAUUUACAAGGCACUAACCUCGAAAUGGCCGAUUAUGAUGGACGGACGGCGUUGCACGUGGCUGCAGCUGAAGGACACAUGCACCUUGUGAAAUUCUUCGUCAACGUCGCUAAAGUAAAUCAUCAGCCACGAGACAGAUGGGGUCGAACUCCGCUUGACGACGCUCGUAGCUUCCAUCAUGAGGACUGUGUCCGGUUCCUUCUGAAGCAUCAUGCACGUGGACACAAAAUCGUUCUACCGAAUGACGUACCAGCAAGUGAAAAUGGAGCCGAGAUGAAUAGUCAAGCGGAUGAGUCAUCAGGCGAGGAUGAGCUGAGCAGUAGCACGGGAAUGAUGCUCAUCAACGAGGAUGACGUCAAGGAAAAAGCAGGUAUUGGUAACGGACUCGUGCUUUUCAGCAUGUAA